AUGGCGCUGGCGCAAACCAUCAUCUCACCACCACUACUCCUCACCUCCGAUCUCCUCCCAAUCCCAUCCAACCCGCCGGCCCCCGCCGUCACCUCCCAGCCGGACUACGACAGGGCGGCCGACGUCAAGGCGUUCGAAGACACGAAAGCCGGCGUCAAGGGCCUGGUGGACGCCGGGCUCACCACCAUCCCUCGUUUCUUCAUCCACCCUCCCGAAAACGACGCCGUGGUAGCAGGGGUCGGGGAUCCGCCCGUCCACCACAUGCCGCCGGUGAUAGACAUGGGGGGCGGCCGGUGGGAGGAGGUGGUGGAGCAGAUCAGGGAGGCGGCGGGGACUUGGGGGUUCUUCCAGGUCGUCAACCACGGCGUGGAGGCGGAGCUCAUGGAGGAAAUGCUGGCGUCGACCAGGAGGUUCCACGAGCUGCCACGUGAGGAGAAGAUGGCGUUUUACUCUCGGGACGUCACCAGGCCCGUUAGGUACGUCAGCAACGGCAGGCUGCUGGAUCGAGCGGCGCCGGCGGACUGGAGGGAUACGCUGGCGUUUCACGUUCCGGACGGCGGGUUGGACCAGCAAUCUGUUCCUCCUGUAUGCAGGGAAGUCGCAACAGAGUACCUGAAACAAACACUCAAGCUGAAAAACAAGCUGGCGGAACUCCUCUCCGAUGCCGCGGGACUGAAUCGAGAUCACCUCUCCACCAUCAAGUGCAUGGAAUCACAGACAAUGGCGUGCCACUACUACCCACCUUGCCCCCAGCCUCACCUCACCAUCGGUUCCUCAAAGCACACCGAUCCUUUCUGCCUCACCAUCCUCCUCCAAGACCACAACCAAGGGCUCCAGGUUCGAAACCACGACCGGUGGGUCGACAUGCCGAAAUCGGCGCAAGGAGCUCUGGUGGUGAACGUCGGCGAUUUCCUGCAGCUCAUCACCAACGACAAGUUCAAGAGCGUGGAGCAUCGCGUCGUAGCUCAGAGCUCCACGACUCGUUCCUCGGUUGCUUGCUUCUUCGGCCCUGGCUCGGAGAAUAAGUACAGGCUUUACGGGCCUGCCAAGGAGCUGGUUCUGCUGGGUGGUGAUCAUGUGGAGCCCGUUUACAGGGAGGUUCAUUUGGUUGAGUUUCUCGACUAUUUUAAGUCCAAUGGCUCCCCACUUUCUCACUUUAAAUUGUCUUGAAGCCGUAGUUUAGGGGGGGGACUAUAUUGGAUACUGGAAUUUGGGAGAUGGAAAAAUAAGGUGAUGAUAUGUUGCUCUUUCUUAUGUAGAUAUAUAUAUAUAUAUAUAUAUAUGUUGCAGAGAAUAGCCAAGAUAACGAAUCAUGUUUGAGA